AUGCCAAAAAGAGGAGCCCACCAUGAAACCGACGAAACAGGUUUCUUACGGGCUGGAUCCGAUUCGGAAGAUGCUCGGAUCGAGGAAAGAGCGGAGCAGGAGAUGAUUGUAGCCAUUGUUAGGGUAUUUUCGGAAAGAGUGUGCAACGGUAAAUGCGUUGUGCACUACGAUAAGUACGGUGGAGAUGAGAGCACUGGAUUAUAA